CUUCCCGAGGAUCGUGAUGAAGGCGUGGGCGGUGCUGCUGUUGACAUGCGUGGCGGCGGCUGGUGCAUUGAGGACAGCUAAACACGGCUUCGUCUUAACGUCGUCCAAGGUGCUGCGGGCGGGCACCAGUCACCGUAUCUGCAUCACGCUCUUCAACGCGCCCGGGCCGAGGCGAAACGUGCACCUCACCGCCUGGGGCGAUGCCGGGGGCUCCCCCUGGUCGACGCUGGUGGAGAGAAUACCGGACACUGUGGGCGCUGAUGGCGACCACUGUUUUGACCUGGCCGUGCCGCGCACGGCGUCCGCUGGACUUGGUCACAUGCUUCUCAAGGUCUCCAGUGCCACCGGGCUCAGAUUAUCAGAUCUGGCGACGGUGACCAUCAAGGCCUUCACGCUGGUGACGCUGAUCCAGACAGACAAACCCCGAUACCGUCCUGGGGAUAAAGUCCUGAUCCGUGUCAUGGCCCUGAGAUAUGACCUCACGCCGAUCAUCGAAAACGUUCCUGAGGUGUGGGUGACCAGCCCAGACAACAUCCGCAUCGCCCAGUGGAGGGACAUCAAGACCAGCGGAGGCCUGAUCCAGCUGGAGAUGCAGCUGACCGAGGAGCCACCCAUGGGCAGAUGGACUAUCCACGCGAAGACAAAUGACGGUCCCGAAAGUAAGGGUUUCGUUGUAGAGGAGUAUGUGCUGCCUACAUUCGAGGUCAAGGUCAAGAACCCAACCUACGUGCCUGAGGGGGACAAAACCAUCACCGUCGACGUCUGCGCCAAGUACACCUUUGGUCAGCCGUUGAUUGGAGCCACCGUAACGAUGUCUGUCACGGACGGUUCCAACCCAAACGAACGCGUCAAGUCGGCGACACUCUCUCGACGGACGAGACAGGCUGUGCAUCGUCUGAUCUGAUUAUGGAUGAACUGUUCGCUCGCUUUGGUGUCGACCUCAGCAUGAACGUCACUGUGGAGGAGUUUGGCACGGGUCUCAGCCAAUCAGAGAUGAGACCAGUGCACAGAGACAUCUCCAGAACCGUCUCGGCCUCCGUUCCGGAGAACGCACAGCUGUUCAUCAAGCCCGGCCUGCCCUACUACGGCCGGCUCCACGUCAAAGAGAGGGAUGGCUCGCCUUUCGCUGAAAAAAUCGUGGAGAUCUGCUUCGAAGCCAAGUACAAGGAGAAAGCCGCCGUACAGAGCGGGGUGGACCCGCCGAGGACUCCUGCCGAUGGCUUUUUUCUCG